AUGGGCUCCCGCCAGCAUAUCCGGGACAUUCAAAGUGGUCCCCCGCUUCCCUAUUCGGAUGAUAUCAGGGCUUACAAGAAAGAAUAUGCCGAAGCUUUAGAUGCUCAAGAUCCGCUUCGGUCAUUCCGGGAUGAGUUUAUUAUUCCAUCCAAGAAGGAUCUGAAGCGAACCACCCUGGCAGCAGAUGAAUACAGCGACGCAUCUGAUCCAAGAAGCAUUUACUUCUGUGGUAACUCAUUGGGUGUUCAGCCUCGCAGUACCCAGAAGUACAUUGAACAGUACCUGCGAACUUGGGCAACCAAAGGCGUGACCGGGCACUUUGUGCCGCAUGAAGACCAACUCCUUCCUCCUUUUGUCGAUGUUGAUACAUCAGGCUCUAAGCUUAUGGCACCUAUUGUGGGUGCUUCCCAGAGUGAAGUGGCAGUGAUGGGUACCCUGACAGCCAACUUGCACUUGCUAAUGGCAAGCUUCUACCGGCCGACUAAGGAGAAAUAUAAGAUCAUUUUGGAAGGCAAGGCCUUCCCCAGUGACCAUUAUGCGGUUGAGUCUCAACUUCGUCAUCACAACUUUGACCCGAAAGACGGCAUGGUCUUGAUCGAGCCAGAGAAUCUAGACAAGCCUACCCUCAGUACGGAGCAGAUCAUCAAGGUAAUUGAUGAAAAUGCUUCCAGCACUGCCUUGGUACUUCUCUCGGCUAUCCAAUUCUACACCGGACAGUAUUUUGAUAUUGAGCGGAUCACAGCCCACGCUCACUCAAAAGAUAUCUUGAUCGGCUGGGACUGUGCCCAUGCUGCUGGCAAUGUUGACUUGCGUCUUCAUGAUUGGAAUGUGGAUUUCGCAGCCUGGUGCAACUACAAGUAUCUCAACAGCGGACCGGGUGGAAUCGCCGGUCUAUUUGUCCACGAACGCCACGGGCGUGUAGAUGAAAAACAGUCCGACAGCGAAGAGACAUUUCGCCCCCGACUCUCAGGCUGGUGGGGUAGUGAUCUCAAAACGCGCUUCAACAUGGACAAUAAAUUCCUACCCCAAAUCGGUGCCGCUGGUUUCCAGCUGUCCAACCCUUCUGUCUUAGACAUCAACGCCGUCAUUGCAUCCCUUGAAAUAUUCAAUCGAGCUACAAUGAAGGAAAUCCGCCAAAAAUCUCUCGAACUCACGGGAUAUUUGGAACAUCUUCUUUUGAAGUACCCUCUUGAUGCUUCCGCGCAAGACAAGCCCUUUACCCUCAUCACCCCAUCAAACCCAGCCGAGCGAGGUGCCCAGCUCAGUAUACGUCUCCAGCCGGGAUUAUUGGAUCACGUUCUGCAUUCUUUGGAAGAGAAUGGUGUGGUCAUCGAUGAGAGGAAACCUGAUGUGGUUCGAGUCGCCCCUGCGCCGUUGUAUAAUACAUAUACGGAGGUUUGGGAAUUCUGUCAGAUCUUCUUGCAGGCGUGUAAAGAUGCGGUCAAGAUGCGCUGA